CUCUCACUUUGAGCACGUUCAUGGUCGUUAAAGGACCCAACCCAGCUCUCUUUGCAGGUGUCGCCCUUCUCUCUUUCGGUGCUUUCUAUUUCCUCGUAAAUCAUCGCGCAGUAACCGCACCAGCUUCUGCACGUCCUCGUCCCAACGACCACCCUCUUGUCCCUCCCAUUCAUAGCGAAGAGGCAGACAAGCCCAACCCUAGAACAAUCUAGAAGAAUAGACUUACCUCCUUCGACAAGAUGGUGGCCGACGUCUUGCACCAUCAUGGAGAUCAUCUAAAGACCGUCUUUGAUCAUAACAAAGUAGCUGUUAUCUUCGUCCUCGGUGGUCCAGGCGCCGGCAAGGGCACCCAAUGCGCCCGCCUCGUGCAAGAUUUCAACUUCUGCCAUCUGUCUGCUGGUGACCUCCUUCGCGCCGAGCAGGAUCGCGAGGGAUCUACUUAUGGCGAUCUCAUCAAGACUUGUAUCCGUGAAGGAACCAUCGUGCCCAUGGAAGUCACCAUCAAGCUGCUCGAGGCCGCAAUGCUUGAUGCGUGUAAGAUCAAGUCUGGGCUUGGCUGGGAGGACGGCAAGGGCCGUUUCCUCAUCGAUGGUUUCCCGCGCAAGAUGGACCAGGCUCUCAAGUUUGAGGAGGAUGUUUGUCUAUCUUCGUUAACCUUAUUCUUCACCACGACGGAAGAAGUCAUGCUCAAGCGCCUUCUUGUACGCGGACAAACCAGCGGUCGUGCAGAUGAUAAUGUAGAGAGCAUCAAGAAACGUUUUGGUACAUACAAGGAACAGACCAUGCCCGUCAUCGAGCACUACGCCAAGUUAAAUAAGAUCGCGAAGAUUGACAGUUCCCCGACCGUCGAAGAAGUUCACGCCGUAGCCAGCGAAGCAGUCAACAAGCUUUUUCACAGCGACCGCAUCACCAGUUCUUCAGCAUAACUCGGCAUCUCGCGUAGCACCAUCAACUUUUGAACCGAUUGUCGCACAUAUGCCCUCCUUGACCAUGAUCUUAAUUUACGCUGAUAUACCACGGUGGGCGUUCGCUGGUGGAGAAUGUGACAUAUAUGAUUCAUCCGGUUCAGAUAUACAUCGCCAGGCAUUGAAAUCGGCCUCAAAGUAUCAUAUGUAUACAGCGAGGUCUAACUUGUGUGAGGUCUGCGACAAGAUCAUUGACAGGGCUUUCCCGCCAGGCGGGAUCGUGAAGAUCGUCCCGUCCGCACAUAGAAGACGCGCUUCUUCGUCCGCUUUAUCUGGAAUCCAUUCCCAUCCGCCGACUCGGAAAUACUCCACGACAGGCAAUCCAAUACCUCCCUCGCCGACUUCUCCUUCUGCUCCAUACCUCAGUUUCACGUGCGCGCCAUCUGCAUACGCACUACCAAGCACCUGCCACGCCUUCCCCGUAAACCGCGUUCUUGUUUCCUCCGUCUCGUCCUUUACAGAAGGAUCUCUCUUUGGGCGGACGACAACUACAUCGAUUGCACCAUCUUCAUGGUUUGUAGAUGCCGAAGGAUGCGAUCGUGCGAGAGGGGAAAUGCGAAACGCAGGUUCAAGACGAUCGACAUUUAUGGUGCUCAAGAAGUACGCAAACGGUCCAUCGAGCUCUGUCUCCGCUUCCGAUACUGGGACGAAUGCGUCUGUCACAGGAUCGUAACGUUGCACACUCGACGAGGGCGGGAACGGAAGGAGGCGCACACGCGAGUGAUACCAUCGGGUUGCGUUCUGCUGCGCGGCCACCUUGAACCUUUCGAUUCCUGGCAUGCCUUUCCUAAGAGCCUCCGAAUCGUGCAAUAUAGAUGCAUGGAGGGAUGUCGAAGUGACCACAACGGACACAACAGAAGUAUGCGCCCUUGUCUCGCUGUCCUGAGAGGAAGCAUGCGGAGGCGUGAUGACGGUGUGCGAGAGCGUGAGCGUUUUCGCCGAUGGCGUAGGUCCAAGGAAAGCGUCAAGUGAUGCAAAUUGGUGAGAAGAGGUCUCUGUGCCCGUGGAUUGAGGGAAGAAGGAGGAGUGCAGUGCAUUCGCGGUCCCGCCUGGGAUAAGAGCGAUACGAAAUCGUGGAAACGGCUUCGAGUCGCCUCGCCGCGCACACUCCUCAUCCAGAAGAUUUACAAUCUCGUGUAGCGUUCCAUCACCCGAUACAAGGACGAUGUCGAUUACGACUCUGUCCUUAGCUGGAAACUGAUCGAUGAAAUUGACAACAAGUGAGCCGGCGUGUCCCGGACGCUCCGUGCUCACGACCCUAUCUGUGACUUUUCCAUGUUUUGAGAGGAGCGGAAGGAUGUGUUCUUCGACGAUCUGUUUGCCAGAACUGUUUCCGCUGACGGGAUUAUAGAGGACAAGAAGAGGCAUGUUCCGGGACCAAGCCAGUUGGAAGACCAAGAUGUAGAAAUUUGUUCCCAGAUAUAUAUCUGGACACUGGUCGGCCUUUGAACCCUGUGGGUGGGUGGCUUGAGCGGGAUCUGACUCACAUUGUACAGAAUGGUGCAGAAAGUGAUGGUGUACUCAGCGGGCCAAUAAAGAUAUACAGUUCACUUUUUAAUAAUGCAUAAAUCAGAAAAACCAUAAAAUAUUUCUCGCUCUC